CUUUGUCCAGCAUCUUAUUGGACAACAAUGACCUCCAAAUACGCAGCAGCACCCCAAUCUUUCAUUGUCCGUUUCAAACGCGUCCUUAUUUGGAGAUACUAACCAUUGGCUAGAAGGAGUGUCAAUCAGCUUCUGUGGUCCCGCCCCCUUGCUCAAAUAUCAAGCGGUGAAUGGUCAACAGUCGGGCUGCUACUGUCUGCUCGUAACCACAGCGACUUAAUCUGGAGCUGGAUGCGUUCUGGAGGAACCUGUUCGCGAUAACAGAAAAUAAAACACUGAGCUGAAAAUCUGCAGCGUUCAUGCCAUCGGAUAAAGAUGCCGUCGGCUUCGGUUAGCUCGUUUCACCUGGGCGACCGGAGAGUUUGGUCGAUGUGACAUUGCUUGAGCUUUUUGUUCUGGUCCCGGACGCAGAGCAGCGGUCGUGCUUUGAGAAGAUGAUGUUGAGUCGGCUGAUGAGUGGCAGCGUCAGAAACCUGGAGCGAGAAUUCAUGUGCACGGUCAGACUGCUGGACGAUACGGAGUAUACCUGCUCCAUUCAGAGGGAUGCCAAAGGCCAGUAUUUAUUCGACCUCAUCUGCCACCAUCUAAACCUGCUGGAGAAGGACUAUUUUGGCAUUAGAUAUGUCGAUCCGGAUAAGCAACGGCAUUGGCUGGAGGUCACCAAGUCAAUUUCUAAGCAGAUGAAAUCACAACCUCCAUUUACCAUGUGUCUGCGGGUAAAGUUCUACCCACCAGAUCCUGCUGCUCUAAAGGAGGAGAUCACCAGGUAUCUCGUCUUCCUGCAGAUCAAAAGAGAUCUGUACCACGGUCGGCUCCUCUGCAAAACGUCUGAUGCUGCCAUGUUGGCAGCUUACAUCUUACAAGCUGAGAUUGGAGACUACGACCCAGGAAAGCAUCCAGAGGGCUACAGCUCAAAGUUCCAGUUCUUCCCCAAGCACUCGGAGAAGCUGGAAAGAAGGAUUGCAGAGAUUCACAAGACCGAGUUAAUAGGUCAAACUCCAGAAACAGCUGAGCUGAAGUUCCUGCAGAAAGCACAAAUGCUUGAAACAUACGGCGUGGAUCCUCAUCCGUGCAAGGAUGUAUCUGGUAACCCGGCUUUCCUCGCCUUCACCCCAUUCGGUUUUGUCGUGCUUCAAGGGAACAAAAGAGUCCAUUUCCUCAAGUGGGACGAGGUGACCAAACUGAAGUUUGAGGCAAAGACAUUCCAUAUAUAUGCAAAUCAGAAGGAGGACAAAAAGAUCAUCUUGACAUACUUUGCACCAACUCCAGAGGCCUGCAAGCACCUUUGGAAAUGCGGUGUUGAAAAUCAAGCUUUCUACAAGCUGGAGAAGUCGAGCCAGGUUCGUACGGUGUCCAGCAGUAACCUGUUCUUCAAGGGGAGUCGUUUCCGCUACAGUGGAAGAGUAGCCAAAGAGGUAAUGGAGCAGAGUGCAAAAAUUAAACGGGAACCUCCAGAAAUACACAGGGCUGGCUUGGUGCCCAGCAGAAGCUGUCCAUCCAUCACGCAUGGGCCGCGGCUGAGCAGUGUCCCGCGGACCCGCCGGAGAGCCGUACACAUAUCCAUCAUGGAAGGUUUGGAAUCCCUGCGGGACAGCGCCCACUCCACUCCUGUGCGCUCCGUGUCUCACGGCGACUCUUUCAUCCCGCGUUCGCGAAGCCAGGUGACGGACUCUGGUGACAGGACGGCCGUCAUAUCCGAUGAGACCUACAGUCCCUCCGACAGCGUGCUGCCCACUCCGGUGGCCGAGCACUGCCUGGAGCCGGCGGCCUCACGCCAGAUCAACGGCGCCCCCUGCAGCAUCGAGGAGGAGAAAGAGUCUGAGGCAGGCACGCCCACCGUGGGCAACGUGGCCGAGUUAGGAACAGACAGUAGGGCGGCAGGCCCCGUGCAGAGUGCAGGCGGGGAGGCCGCACUCAGCGAGACAGAACAGGUGAAUAAGUUUGUUUUAAGUGUACUCCGUCUGCUCCUUGUGACCAUUGGACUCCUCUUUGUCUUGCUCCUCCUCCUCAUCAUCCUCACUGAGUCCGACCUUGACAUUGCAUUUUUACGUGAUAUCCGCCAGACCCCCGAGUUUGAGCAGUUCCAUUACGAAUACUUUUGUCCCCUCAGACGGUGGUUUGCCUGCAAGCUCCGCUGGGUGGGCGGGCUGCUCAUUAACAAGUGAAAAUGAGGCACUAAAGCUCGUAAAGCCUCCCUUGUUGGGGUCGAGAAGACGCUAAACACGUGGAGAGAGAGAGAGAGAGAGACGGAGGGCAUCGACCUGUCCCAUGAACUUCUUUCAUGACACUCCUGCUGACACAAGGUGGACCACCAUGCCCACAGCUCCUCUUCUCUUCCACUUUUAGUUCUUUCUCCCCGUCCAUUUUUACACAUUUAUUUUUUUCCUUUUCUUUAUUUGUCUGUUUUUUUUUUUUUUUUUUUACAAAGACUAUUUUUUUUCUUUCUUUUUUUAGUUUCCUUGUUUUGGAUUUCAGGUCAUUUCAGGUAUUUUAUUUUUACAAAAAAAAUUAAAAAACAAAAAAAAACAAAACUUAAUUCAAAGACUUGAGAAGAAUAUAUUGUUCCUUAAAUAGGGAAUAUGAAAUAUUUUGUUGCAACGAGAAUGUUGCCUUCAUUUAUAUUUAUUUUAAAAUAGUAAUUAUUGUUAAAGAAUGUGGUUCAUUAAGUCAAGUUGGUAUGGUAGAGUGGGUUUGAAAAGCACAAGAAAGUUGAAAACCAAUGCUUUUGAGUUUAUGCAUAAUUCAUAUCCAUCCGUCAUGUAACUCUUAGUAAAUUCUGAAGGCUGCUAUAAUUUACCACAUCAACGAUCAGAUCAGCAGAGGGUUGGUUAUAUGUAAGGUAAGAAUGUGCAAGUUAUUUUUUGAAAGCGUGAGCUAAUGAAAGCGUGAAAAUAAUGUUAUUUGAAAAAAUUGAUGGGUACAUGAGUUGUGUAUUUGGUGGCUUGAUUUUUAGGGUGUCAAAUACUUUUUAGGAAUAUUAAUUGUGUUUAGGCGGUAGCAAGCUGUGAAGUAGAAUUCUUUUUAAAAAGGUUCUUUCUAAUGAAUACAGAAAAAUUGAUUGGUAUAAAUUGUGUUCUGUCAUGUGACCCAAUAGUGUCGAUAUCACUUUAAAGUUAUCAUGAUUGAUUUAAAAGCAACUAUUACCCAUAGAUCCAAUCUAGCUACAGUAGAUGUGCAAUACUGUAAGGGUUUGAUUUUUAAGAAAUAAGUGAAUUUUUUUUUUUCAUGAGUAUGUGUAUUUGCUUUAUUAUAAUUAUAUUUUUUGAAAUUUUCCAUUCUUAAUUUUCUAUUCGCAAUAGAAAAAAAUCCCACUGUAUAAAGUAAUCUUUUUUUUUUUUGUCUCUUAUUAUCGACCUUGGUUUUAAGUUUUUAUUCUGUGGAUAUCAUGCUAUGAUUAUUCUUAAUUACAAUAACAAUGCUGUACUUUUUGUACAAAAAGUAGUUAGUUUCCUAAUAUAUCGACAGUUUUUCCAUGUAUAUUUUAACAGAAACUGAAAUGUUAUUUUGUUAUUGAAAAUUAAAUUAUACCUUUUUUAGCUCUGUUGUUCAAGAUUGAGGUCAAGAAUCUAUGGUAUUUCUGUCAAGGGAGACAUGGUAAAAAGAUUUUAAUCCAAAUCUACAAUCCAUUUCCAAUUCACUUGCUUAACCAGUAAUGAGUAAACCGGCCCUGUGCUUUGUAUAUUGUCCCUGCAUUCAAACAAUACUGAUGACUUUAUACACAGUUUAGCCAAAAGACUGUGUGUGUAUGUUUCUGUGUAUGCUCAUAUUUUAAUUAACCAAUGUUUUUGGCAAUACGUUCUAGGAGGCCAAGUUUAGUCUUUACUACACCUGAUUAGUCUAUAUUAUUUAUUUGAAGACCGAAGAUUCUUCCAGUGGCAUGCAAGUUGAACAGGGGUUUUAUUUUUCCAUACAUGAUCUAUUUAAUCCCUGCCCCUUUGAAACUGCUAUUGAUGUAAUUGUUUUUGUAUUUGAGAAAGUGAAAAAUAGAAGAAGUGAAUGCAAAAUGCAGAAGGAGCGGACUUAUUUUUGUGUCCAGUGAAAAAGAGACCAGGGUUGAGAGACAAGUAACAGCUAGUGGUAAUUAGAGGAUGUUUUAGAUCUUACACUGGUACUCACAAUAAUUGCAGCAUUUAGCAUUAGUUUGCGGCAGCUGACAAGCUUGGCUUUACUAGUACAGUUAUUUUAAAUGAACAUGCUCCAAUCCACCAAUCACAUUCUGCUGUUGUGUGGCCAGAAUCACUAUGGUGCUAGUGAAUAAAUGACGUCUGAGAUGUGUUUUAAGAAGCAGCUGACUGUAACAGUAAUGGGUUUUACGAGCUGAAUUGUGCAGUCAGUUCACAUGCCUUUUUAUCCAUUUGAGAGAACCGCUGUCUUCCACAGACCACAGGAGCUGAAACUGGUUUAUUCUACGAUUAACAAAUAUGAGGCACAUGGAAAACCGUAGCAGAAACUGCUGAAACGCGUGGAAAAGAGAGAAGGCCAUUGGAGUUAUGCAUGCCUCUUACCUUGACAAGUAUUCAUGCAUGUAUUUAUAACAUCUCUGAUGUGCCAAAUUAUAACAGCGCUGUGGUGGCACAAGUCCAUUUAUAUUUUUAUAGAAUCUGAUCAAACAGAUGUUUUCACUGUACAAUAAUACAACGGUGUUGCUCUGAUGAGUACUUGCAUGCCAUUGAUGAUGGAGUUAGAUUCAGAAUAUCAAUAAAUGGAUAUUGAGGGAAAAAAAAAAAAAAGCUUGGAAGACCAGUUAAAUAUUAACUGAAGUGGAUUGAAUUUUACUCAUUGACAGCCUUAUGUAGCCUCAGUGGUCAGUCGUGCAUGGCAGCGCCAUUCAAUAAGCAAUAAACUGAAUUAUAGAAUCAUACAGAUGAAUCAUUUUGAUGGUUUUUGUGCUGUUGUGUAGCAAGUCAGAAUACCUGUUGUUUUCUAAAGAGUUCAGAAUGAAUCCAUUUCCUUUAAAGUUAGAUGCAAAAUUGCAUUUUAACUAAAAGGAUCAUUUUAUAUGACGAUUAUUGCCAAAAUUUGCUACAUUUUAUACUCAUUAUGAGCACUUAUCUUGUUUGGAUCCUGAACUGUCCUGGAGUUUUAUGCUUCUCUUCAUCCUUGAAAUCCUAUUGCACAAGUUUCAACUGGUGUGCUGCUUCCUAGACUAGUAGAUCAAGGGCGAUUGCUACUACUGUCCUUGUGUGCUUCUACUUCAUAAUUUUGUCUCCAGACAGUUUUCUUGUACUGUACGGGAUGGCCAGGUUUGACUGUGAUGAAUGCAAGGGUCCAGUAAAGGACAAUUGUCGGCUAAAUUGGAUCAUUUCUGUAAUUAUCUAACUGGGUCAUUUCACAAGGUCCCUCUGUGAACUUUGUACAGAAGUAUUUUUAUGCUUCUUAAUAUACAAGUGUAAGUUUAAUGGAAGUUGAACACUUGCCAUGACACUAUAAAAAGAAGACUUACAGCAGUUUUUACUGUCCACUGCAGAUAAAACACGUCACUGGCUUCAAAUAUAGCUUGACAGCAUGAACAAAAUGUUACAGCUUCAAGCUAAACUAUUAAAGAUGGUGAUUUUAAUGUUUAAGAUCUGGUAUUGGUGGCUAUAGCUGUUAGAUUCUGUUGUGAAAUCGUAUUAAAUGGCUGCUGAUCUUUAGAGAUUUGGACUGCAUUCCAAAUAAGGUCAGGAUGUCCUCCAUGUUUAUAAAAGAGAUUUCUAGAGGUAAUUCAAUGAACCACUCGCAUUAGACAGCAGCUGCGUGACAUCUCAGAUCUACUUGGUGAGCUUCUGAUAAAUAUUCCACCAGGGACUUUAAUUGAUCAUUAUUAGAAUGAACCGCUCCUUACAUGCUUGCAUACAAAUUCCCAAAUUAUUUGGUAAAAUCUGACUUCACCUGAACCGUAGCUUUAAGAUUCACUAUGGCGCUAAGAUCCUGUAAAGAUCAUUGGUGGCAUCACGUUUCAUUUACUGUACUGUGGUCACUUGCCAGCCCCCACAGUCCCCUCAACAGAUAUGCAUAUACAUGCACAUUUGUUUAUGCAUAGAUGUCUGUCUGUGGGCAUGUUUUUCUGUAAGCUGCAUCUUUUCUAUUUGGGACUGAAGGUCGCUGUUUAGCUCCUUAUUUUAAGAAUAUUGAACUAUAUACAAAAUGUAUGUGCCAAAUGCAGUUCCUGUUAAGUCAGAUUUCAUUCCAAAAUCAUCUUUGUACUGUAGGAAACCUUCCAUGAAAAUGGUAUAAAGAAAAUGUUUCACUGAUAGUCCCUUGUAACUGGUGCCAUGGAAAUAUUCAAACUUGAAAUAAAAAUUCAAAAGAG